GUCCCCCUGGCGGAUGAGGAGGCGCAGCUCCCCUGGUGACAGGUGUCAGGCCGGAUCUGUCAGUGCGGGGCGGGCUGCGGGGCGGGACCAGGCCGGUGGAGACGUAGGGGUGGCUCGGGCCUCACAGGCCCUCCGGACACUCAGAUCUGCUCGGCGCCGACAUCACUAUGGGGAAUGUGGUGAGCGGCGGGAGCGGAGACGAAGAUGAACCCGGGAUGGAGCCGGAGGAGAGCGGUACAGCAGCAGGAGACACAGCGGCAGGAGGAUCGGUCAGCCUACAGGGGACGGCACAGCUGGGGAUCCCCGGACCGGCUUCACCGCCGCUGCUGCCGCCCUCCUCCGGUGUGUUGCUGGAGCAGGCCCGGCUGAGGGAGGCGGCGGCCCGGCUGAGGGAAGUGGGAGCUCCGGAGUCGGUGGUGUCCCGGCACCAGAGCGCCCUGCUCCGCUGGCUGGAGGAGAGACUGAGCCGAGGAGAGGAGGCGCUGAGCCGGGAGCAGUUCAUCGAGAUGCUGGAGAGCAGAGCCAGUGGCCGGGAGGAGUGCGAGGAGGCAUUUGCACAGUUUGACGCGGAAGGUGAUGAGGUGGUAGACUUGGAGAGCAUGCUAGAAGCCAUCAAGGCCUCCAGUGGUGCCAAUCUACAAGGGGAAUUAAGUCAUGUUAUCCGACAGCUGCAAGCCUGCUCUCUCACACCAGGCUUUAUUGACAUAUUCUCCAAAUCAAAAGAUCGACUCAGUUUACAUUCUUUGAAGACACUGCGUUUUUUGCAUCGAAAUCGCAUUUCCAGUACUGUGAUCCCUUACCCCAUGCUAGAGUGCUGCAAUAAUAUAUGUACCAUGAGAUCUUCUGUACUAAAGGACUACCUUGACAGGCUUCUUAGAAAAGAAAAGGAAUCGUCUUCUGUUUUGAGCAGCACUGAUGAAUCUCUGAAAUAUAAAACCGUGACAAAGUGUUACAGUAGCAUAGAAACAUCCUCUAACUCCUCAGAUAUCGACAAGAUGACUAAUGGGGAGACAACCUCAUAUUGGCAGUCAGAUGGAAGUGCUCGCUCUCACUGGAUACGGUUGAGAAUGAAGCCCGAUGUUGUAUUGAGGCACCUGUCAAUUGCUGUGAGUUCUACAGACCAGAGUUAUAUGCCCCAGCAAGUGGCAGUCGCGGUGGGACGGAAUCCCAGCAAUCUGCAGGAGGUUCGAGAGGUCCACAUUUCCAGCCAGAUUACAGGCUACGUGACAUUGCUGGAAAAUGCUAACAUAAGUCAGAUGUAUGUACAGAUAAAUAUUAAGCGAUGUCUGAGCGAUGGCUGUGAUACGAGGAUUCAUGGUCUCAGAGCAGUUGGCUACCAGAAGAUAAAAAAGUCUGCAUUAUCUAUAUCUGAUGCAUCAGCAAUUUGGUAUCUUUCUCUGCUGACGUCACUUGUGACUACUUCAAUGGAGACAAACCCAGCUCUUGCACAAGCUGUCCAGCAGCACACACAGAAGGCUUUGCAGCACAUGACACCUCUUUCCUUAACGCAAGGUACCGCAGAGUUCCCAAAUUUCUUAUCACCAAAUGUUCUUGAAGAGGUAAACAGCUUCCUUAUGAGGACGGCAAGCUGCUGCCCUACACCAGAAGUGGAUUUAAAUCUCCUUGCAUUUGCAUUGGCAAGAGGAAAUGUAGCUAAAGUGCUUACAUCCCUUUGUACCAUCAUGGAUCACAUCGAUGGGCAAUAUAAGGCCUCUUCUCUUAUUGCUUCCAUGGAAUCUGUUAGAAUUAGUCUACUCUAUAAAUAUGGAAGACCAUUGCAAUUUACCUUACUUGCUUGUGAUGUCAAAGGGAAAGAGGACAAAUCGGGACCAGAAAAUUUGUUAGUCGAACCGUGGACAGGGGAUGGAUUUCUUACAGAGACCGGAAAAACAAGGGCUAGCAUUAUCCUUUCUGCUGCAGCAGAAUCAACCUUUCAGGUUACACAAAUGAGGAUUAGGGUCCGGAGAGGUGCUAUUGGUGCCAAGUGUGGCUUGGUGUUUGCUUACAACUCAACAGAAAAGUUCCAUGCAGAAGAGCAUUUCCAAAGAUUUGAAAAAUUUGAUACAUGGAAAUUAUCAGACUUUAGACAUUUUGUGAAAGAGAGGACUAGCAAGCAGUUCACAGAGCGUGGGGAGAAUGAUCCUGUUGCCUGGUUUGAACUUGAGGAGGAAUGGGAUGAAGUGGACAUCAGAAUGCAGCAAUGUAAAACUGCCAAGUACUGGAUGGUAAAAUUCCUGUGCACUCGCGAAGAUACAGCAGAGCGUCUAGGCGUCCAGGGGAUCAGCGCUUUUGGCUACUGCAGGCCACUGGAAACAAAAAUUGAUGUGAAUGUUAUGUGUCUGAAAUGUAAAGAUUUAGCACCUGACAACGUAUGUGGAAUGACUCUGAUUCUUAAAACAUUGCUGUUUGUUCAACAACUGGCACAUGAUAUGGAAAAAGACAAUCGAUCUCGGCACAAAUCACUUCUUGAUUUAUCUGGCCUGGAUUUGGAGCUCCUUUGGAAGUUUUAUAAGAAAUUACAAGACAGCUCAAGAGAAGAAUGUACCUCUGCCCAAACCAUUCUAUUGCAGUUACUUCAGAGCUGCUCCAGUGUUCUCACUGCUGGAACUUCAACUCCUAAUUCUAGCCAAGUACAGUAUGCUCAGGAAUUAUACUCUCAUCUGUGUAAUGCUAUGGACAACAUGGACACUUCCUCUUUGUCUUCCAAAGCACUAAAGCAAGAAAUUACUAACACUUUACUGAAUGGAGCUGCAAUUUUUUUCCCUGAUCGUCUGACAAGACGAGAUCGACUGUUUUCUUUAAUGAAGACUAUUACUGAAGAGAAGCAGCCUGAAUCUGCUCAGAUCACGUUCCAGUCAUUGUGUACUUACUUCAGUGAGCAAGACCCAAGUGGAUUACUAUUACUGCCAGAUACUGAUACUCCUCCAGAUUUAGACAUCAGUCAAGUGCUUUCGGUCAUGGACAAAUUUUUGGUGAUGGCAACGAGGGAGAGUAAGACAUUGGUUCUGCAUGAUUCCCAGGGAGAGUGUGGCACAAACCUACAUUCCUUGUUCUGGGCAGUUCAAGGUAGCCUCCUGUCAUGGUGUGUUUGCCAGCUAAAAGGAGAAGAUCCAGUGUCUCAGUUGAUAGCAAGAGAAUUACUUGUCAAGUAUGUUGACCUUUUCUUGACAAACACCAAAGACAUUUUGGAACCCUUGUUAAGUGAGUGCAGUGGGAAGGUGAUCAUUGAAAAAUUGAACAAGUCAGUGUUCGCCAUGUCAACACGCCAGCUUAUGACAUUCAUGUUGGAGUUUUGCUCUCUUGAUAUUCCACACUGUUUACUACUUCAAAGAUUCAUUAACUUAGCUAAGUUAAUGAAGAAGCUUUGUGGGGAUCCUGGUGAAAGUGCCAACAAGAUUGAAAUGGAAAGUUGGAAUCAGGUUCAACAACCAGUGGUUCUACAGACCUGGAACAUGGAAUCCCCCCACAACUAUGAAAACAACUGUCGUGAUACAACAGUUUUCCUUUGUCCUGGAGCCACCUACUUUGAGGUGGAAUUUGAUGAGAAGUGUGAAACUGAAAGGAGAUAUGACUAUUUGGAGUUUACAGAUGCCAGAGGUGGCAAAGUUCGUUAUGAUCACAAAGUUGGUACUGACAAGUGGCCAAAGAAAGUGACCUUCAAGGCUGGUCCACAACUGCAUUUUAUGUUCUUCUCAGACAGUAGCAACAAUGAAUGGGGCUUUAAGUUUACAGUGACUGCAUAUGGCCUGCCAGACAUUGCUUUGUCUUGGAGUUCAGAUUUACAGCUACUUGUUGCACGCUUAUUGGGCCGUCUUGCAUCACAGUCUAUGGCCAUGAAAUCUACAUGCGAGUUGGGAACUGCUGCAGACUUGCCGGCUGCAAAGAUAACCUCAAUUGUAAGCUCCCCAUUGUGGAAAUCUGUAUUUAGUCAUCAAACGUGCGUGGAGGGCAACUUAGUAACAAAACCAAAUCUCCCAGAUCAAGGAUGUCUUGAGACUAAGAACUCUCAUGCAGAUGACUGUCGUAACUUUCUCCUUGACUUUGCCAACUCAGAUCCUACCCAGGAUUUCUGUGGCCCUAAUUCUGAACUUUUCAAAGGACUGGUACAAGCCAUUAGAAAGCAGCUGGCAAAGAAUGAGAUAGCGGCGGGUUCUGCGGUUGAUCAAGCUGUGAACUGCACCUUUGCUGCACUGGUGUAUCUUACACCACAGUUAUAUGGAAAACUGCAAAAAUAUGUUCUCAGUGGUGGCACUCUUGGUUUAAGUGAGGAAUUUACACAGGUGUAUGCGCUGGCAGAUGGGAUAAGAAUAUGGAUGCUAGAAAUGAAACAGAAAUCUCUGCAUAUUGGUGGAAGUGAAAAACCUGGAGUAGAAAUUAACCCUGACACCUUAGCGAAACAGUGCAUUGAGAAGUGUCUCCUACUCUUGAGCUUUAUACCUACAUCAAGGCCUCCAUUAGACAGCUGUAUUUCCACAGAUGAAGACUUGUACAGUCAGAGAAAGGGGUCAAUUGUGGAGGCAGAUUUUCAAGCUGCAAGUGCCUCACCCAUUAAUGCCUCUCCUGAAGCUGCUCAUCCUGGUCUGAUAGGGAAGUUUCAAGUGCCUGACCUGGACUCUCACAAAAAGCAAGAAUCAGACCCCUGUAAAUAUGACACCCCGGUAGGCACCCAGAUGAAAACAUCAGAAGACUCUGCCUCUCCUCCCCCUACUCCUACUCGUAAGGUCCCUUUUAGUCGGACAAGGCUACGGCUGCUCUCAUUCCGCUCCAUGGAAGAAGCAAAAGUGUUGCCAUCUGUAAAGGAAAAGUAUCCCAUUGUGAAGAACAUCUUAGAUUUUGUAAAGGAUCCAACAAUUUCCCAUGAAAGUGUUCUGCAGGUCCUCUCUCUCAGAAGAGCCCAGGCUGAAAGCAUUCUCAAGGUGCUCAAAACAAUUCAGGAAUGUCUGGAUACACUGGGGCAACCUCAUUUUUUUCAGCCCCCUUGUGUACUCUUCUUACUGGAGCUGCUUGCAUGCCAGAACGACUUCACUAAUUAUUUUGGUCACUUGGAAGGCUGUGGUACAGAACUACAUGGAGAAGUCCGGGAGUCCUACUACAGGCUUGUAGUUCUCUUAGUUAAUGCUGUAAAAGGUUUUAACAACCUCAAUGACAGGUCACUCCUUCCAGCGUUAUCGUGUGUGCAGACAACUCUCUUGCACAUGUUAGACAUGAGCUGGGAGCCACAAGAUCUGCAAUUCUUUCAAAGUAUUGAUCUUCCAGAACUUCUGCUGUCAAUGUCUCAGGAGAACAUCAGUACUCAUGACAGCAUUGUGAGUCAAUGGGAGGAAGAAGAUGAGAGAGCAGAUUACAGACAGAACCUUUUGUGGUUAGAAGAAUGCAAAGAUGGAAUGUUUGAAACUUGGUAUGAAAAGAUAAGUCAGGCUGAGCCAGAUGUGAGGAGAAAGAUGCACAUGUUUAUCGCGAGAUACUGUGACCUGUUGAACGUUGAAAUAUCCUGUGAUGGAUGUGAUAAAAUCGCACCAUGGCAUCGAUACAGAUGUUUGCAAUGCAAUGACAUGGAUUUAUGCAAAACUUGCUUCCUCGGUGGUGUGAAGCCUGAGGGACACGAGGAUGACCAUGAAAUGGUUAAUAUGGAAUAUGCAUGUGAUCAUUGCCAAGGACUUAUUAUUGGUCACAGAAUCAACUGCAAUGUAUGCGAUGACUUUGAUCUGUGCUACGGAUGCUACGCUGCCAUGAGAUACUCGGAAGGCCAUUUGCCCAGCCACAGUAUCACAAUUUAUCCAACAGUCACAAGUAAAAUCAGUGACCGCCAGCGUCUUAUCCAGCCGUACAUACACAACUACUCGUGGUUACUCUUCAUUGCCCUAGCUCUCUACUCUUCAGACCUGUCCAGUAAUGGAGAGAAGGAUAGCGAGAAGCUUAGCUCCUCUGUCAUUUCCAGUGCUCAGAGUUUGCAGGCAAAUUGCACGGAUUUAGUUGCAAGUUGUCUUAUGAAAGCGCAGAAAGGAAAGGGUGUCAGAGUAUCUUCACUACUUUCCAUGUGGACCAGUACUGAACAUGAGCCGCCUUCUGCUGAGUCUUCUGGUAAUGAGGGCAAUAAAUUGAGCUUAGUAAAUAAGACUGCUCAGGCUGAAGAUACCACAGUAAAACAUACUGUGCCAAAAAAGAGCAAAGGGGAUACCGACACAAAUAUACCUAUCCUCAGCAAGGCACGCUGUAUAGGGGGUUAUGAAGAAAAGGAUAAUUCCUCAAUUUCAUCCAAUUGUGAUGAAAAUGACGAAGAACACCCUAAAGAGCAAUAUCUUUUUGCCGGAGACUUGUCCAAAAUGAAUAUUGUUGACAAGGCUAUAAUACCAAGCCCUGACCAAGUGUUUGCUGAAUGUUCUCAGGAACGUAUUUUGGGACUGAUAGCUGCCAUGUUGCCUCCUUUGAAGUUGGAUACAGUGGGCUCUAUAGUGAAUCUCCAACAAGUGUUGCCACUGAUGUUUCAAGUUGUCAUAUCCAAUGCUGGCCAUUUAAAUGAGUCUUACCACUUAACCUUGGGCCUCCUAGGACAGUUAAUCCUUAGGCUAAACCCUUGUGAGGUGGAUAAUGCUGUCAAGGAAGUCCUGUCUUCAAAGCAUAGUAUACAAGCUGCGUGUGACGGGAGCCCCGUUCCAGAUGGGUGGAUAACAACUCAACUGCUUUUCAGCCUAGGAUCUAUAUGUCUGGACAGCAAAGUUGGCCUUGAUUGGGCUUGCACAAUGUCCGAUAUUUUAAGAGAGUUAAACAACUCUCCAAAAUGGCACAAAGUGAUGACUGCUUUUACGGAUCACUGUAUGCAACAGCUGCCCCAUCAGCUAAAGAAUACGAAUAUCUUCACAUUAUUGGUCUUAGCUGGAUUUCCAGAGGUACUGUGUAUGGGAACACGAUCUGUAUAUAUAGAUAAUGCCAAAGAGCCCCAUGAUGUAAUUAUAUUAAAGCACUUCAAUGAGAAAAAUAGAGCCGUGGUUGUUGACAUCAAAACAAGAAAGCGAAAAACUGUGAAAGAUUAUCAACUGAUGCAUAACGCAGAUGGAGAUGGGCACUUCACUCAAGGAAAUCUUAAGAAAUAUCUUCACCACUUUGCCUCCAUUUCUCGCCACCUCCUGCAGUCUAACUUGGACAAUAGCUCUGCAGAAGCAGUCGAAGCUACUUGGGUCCUGUCUCUGGCCCUAAAGGGAUUAUAUAAAACUCUUAAGAAUCAUGAUUUUGAAGAAAUUCAGUCUGCAUUUAUUCAGUCUGGACUCUUAAAGUUAUUGGUAAAAAAAUGUAGCAAAGGAACCGGUUUCAGUAAAACCUGGCUGCUUCGAGACCUGGAGAUACUGUCAAUAAUGCUGUAUUCAUCAAAGAAGGAAACAAAUUCUAUGUCUGAUAAAGAGCCUUCAGAUUCUGAGAAACAAGCCCAAGAGAAACCUUUGGAGUCUCCAACUGUUGACACAGCGCAGCUGAAGAGGAAUCCAUUAGAAGAUCUUGAUGAAUCUACAAGAAUAUGUUUCCAGGUAAUCCACGAGUCUCACAAUGUACCCUUACAUAUCCUUCGUGCCAUGUAUGAGAUGGAAAUGAAGAACACAGAUUCCUUCCUUGAAAAAGUUCACAAAAGGUUUGAUGGAAAAACAGUUGUAGUUGAUGAAAAAGUCAAGAAGAUGGCGCAGAAAUGGCAGCCUCAUAAGUCUGAAAAAAUAGAGGAGCAGCUGUUAAAUGUAACAGACACAGACAUUAUUAUUCCACCAUGCCUGCUGAAACCCAAGCAGUGUGAAAAAGCUACAGAGGAGUCCAACCCAGUCACUCAAAAACUUAUUGUAACUAGUGAGAGUGAACUUCAGCUCAGCUAUGCCAAGCAGAGACGCACCAAGAGCUCUGUUCUUCUCCGCAAGGAGCUUGACUCGCGCAGCAAACUAGCAGUACGGGAUUACCUGUACCAUGUGAAUGAUGCUACAGCUGUAAUAUAUGCCCGCCAUGUCCUGGCAUCUCUGCUGGCUGAAUGGCCUGAUGGUGUACCCCUGAAUGAAGACAUCCUGGAGCUAAGUGGUCCUGCACAUAUCACCUAUAUUUUAAACAUGUUAAUGCACCUUGAAGAAAAGCAGCUAUGGGAGAAGAUCUUACGGAAGGUGCUAGGCGGCUGCAGUGAAAGUAUGCUUGGCACCGUAGCACUUACAGCUUGUCAGUUCAUGGAAGAGCCUGGAACUGCAGCGCAAGUCCGAGAAUCCAAGCACCCUUACAACAAUAAUACUAUUUUUGAGGACAAAGUUCACAUCCCGGGUGCAAUUUAUCUCUCCAUUAAAUUUGACCCAUUGUGUAACACAGAAGAAGGUUGUGAUGAGCUGGUCAUUUCAAGCUCCUCGGAUUUCAAACAAGAUCUGCACAGGUUUAGUGGACCGCCUAAAAAGUGGACAGACUUUGAACUUCCUGGAGAUACCUUGUUCUAUCGCUUUACAUCUGACAUGAGUUGCACAGAAUGGGGAUACAAGUUUACAGUGGCGGCUGGACAUAGAGGGCGAUUUCAGACAGGUUUUGAAAUUUUAAAACAGAUGUUAUCUGACCAAAGAGUUAUCCUUCAUGUUCCUCUGUCCAGUAUAUGGGAAUGGCAGGUUGAUGUGGCGUGCAAGCAAACUGGCCACCAGAGAUUAAAGGCAAUCCAUUUACUAUUAAAGAUGUUGCAGCUUAGUCAUGUGAGAGAUUGCGAUCUCAGACUGCUGAGACCAUUAUGGCCACUUUUCACAUCCAUGGAAAAUGUAGCUUGUCAAGAUGGCACUAGCUCUGGAGUUCUUCUUCCUCUACACAGAUCUCUCACUGAAUUGUUCUUCCUGGCAGAGAACUGUGCAAAUGACCUGGGGUGUUUACAAGAAUAUCUUAUUAGUUUAACCACAGAUGAUCAAAUCGCCCAUUACACAGAACAGGCACUGAAAAGCAUUGCUGCUAUAAGCUUUGCGAUCAACUACCCAAACAAAUCUACAAGUGUAUGGGCUGAAUGAGAACAUGGCAGCAUAUCCUGUGACAUUUCCACUUGAUACUUAUGAAGAUCACCCCAUAGGAAAUGUGUAUUGACGACAAUACAUGUACUUGCCUAUAAACAUUUGCACUCAAAACACCUUGGUUUUCUUUCAGCACUGCCACUAAAUGUGCAACACUUGGUCUUAAAUGCUAUAGGAUCUUUUUUGUUUGUUUCUUAUUUUAAUUGUUUUUGGUCUGAUCUAUAAUGGGAAUGAAAUGGUAAAUCAAUACGGGGACAUGAUGGUCAUAAAGAGAGGUAAAUGGCUAAAGAAAAACACUUUUUGGAUGUUGCAGUGCUGUUGGAUAUGAACUUCAAGCCGGUGAGAUAAGUUUGGAAGGAAUCAGUAGGAUUGUCUGUAAGAAAUAGUAUCUGCUGGAUUUCUUUGGGCCACAUUAUAUUUUGCACUAGUUCGCUUACUUAUCCUUACCCAAUAUCAGUUGAAUCUUCUGGUCGUCAGACUUUAUUUGUACCUGGAUAAUGUAAAUUUCAUGGCUAGUGCUUUGAUAUACAAUGAAUGAAUAGAAAUAAUACAGGUAUGCCUUGUUUUCCUGCUAAAAAGGGAUUAUCAACAUUUUCUGUGUUUUCUACAGAACAUUAUGUUUAUAGAACUGCAUGCCAAUACCUAGAAUACUGUUGAUUCUCCACAAAUAUAACAAGAGGAGUAUGGUUUGUACUAAAUGAAUUGCCUAUGGUAUAUCACAUUAGAAAACCUAUGAUAUCAUUCACAAAGAGCAUUGCGAUAUGUUGGGGAGGAUCUGUUUUUAGUCCUUUAGUUUUUCAGUAGGCAUUAAUCACAGCUGAAUGCAGGCUUCACGAAUGGUCCUUAUCCAGUUGUUCUCUACCAGUUGUUCUUCUCACGAUCUCGCGUUCUCAUGUACAGAACAGCGGCACUUUGUGUCACUCUAAAAUAAAUACUUGAAUUUCUCAUUACACAGGAUCUUUAUUAAUUUUUUUUUAUAUUUCAGGUGAUCAAGUUUUUAUUUAUUUUUUUUUUGUUUUUUUU